UCAAUUUUUGAAGUUUAAUUUUGUAAAAGGUCACAGUUCAGUUUGGGUGGGCAUCUUUUGCUAUAAAUGAGACUGCAGGUAGUGAACGCCAUGAAGGUUGUUGUACAAAGAGUCACUGGAGCCAAGGUCACUGUUGAUGGUCGCGAGGUGAGCUGUAUCAACCAGGGUUUGUGUGUGCUCCUAGGGAUAGCACGAGAUGACUCACAAAAAGAGGCAGAAUGGAUGGCAAAGAAGGUAUUGAAUUUGAGAUUAUUUGACAAUCCUGCGGACGGCAAGCCAUGGGACAAGAGUGCGUCUGAUUUGGGCUUGGAAAUCUUGUGUGUGAGCCAGUUCACCCUGUGCCAUGUUCUCAAAGGCAACAAGCCUGAUUUCCAUAAUGCAAUGCACUCCGAUCUCUCUAAUCCAAUGUACCAAGACUUCCUCAAGUUACUAGGAUCCCUCUACAAGCCAGAGGCUAUUAAAGGGGGUGAAUUCGGUGCCAACAUGCAGGUUCAUAUUCAGAAUGAUGGACCGGUUACCUUACAAUUUGAGACUCCCAACAUUCCUAAACCAAAGGAGAGGAAGCCCCAGAAAACUAGCAAAAAGGAGUGUGCGAAAGCCCCAGAGGGAGCAAUCGCCUCAGACAGUGUAACUGCUGCAGCUGCUGAACUUAGCAUACAAGAUAGCUAAUUGUUAUUUUACUAUUGAAUCAUGAAUCAUGGACGUCUUAUUGUUGUUGGUUAGAUUGGUGGAUUUGGUUUUUACUUUCAAUACUAACACUUGUACCUAUAAUAAUUUAUUGAGAUUGG